GACUCAGACAUUCGCGAAAAUGAUUGGCUUAAUAUGUAUGCUGGCUACGCAUUUUAUACGAUGUGGGAAGGUGGCUUGACAAAGCUCAAGUUUGCUACGCCUCUGGAGAUCAAAAAGGUCGUUGUACAAACUCUUGAAGCCAUGGAGCCAAAGGAAAAGCUCAAGGCCGGGAAUGCAGUCUUCUACAUUAGUUUCAGGGACUGUGGUCUGACCGAAGAUCACAGAGCGGUGGUAAGAAGAACCACAUAUGGGCAUCCGGCACACCUUUGUCUUGAAGUGAAGUGUCUGGUUGAGGACUUGUCGAGUUGCUCUAUUGAAUAAAU